ACUCGGUCUUCCGGCAAGAUGGCGGCGGCCGUGGGCAGCGGCUGCGAGGCUCCGGUGCGUCUCCGCCUGCUCUUCGAUUACCCGCCGCCGGUGACUCCGGCCUGCGGACUCUGCUGGCUGUUGGUGGAGCCCAACCAAGUGCGCCUCGUCACUGACCUGAUCAGCCUCAUUCGGGAGAAGUUCGGCUUUAGCCGCCGCGCCAAGCUCAACCUCUUCCUCGACGGGGCGCUCCUGCCGCCCACCGAGAGCGCGCGGCUGGUGCGGGACAACGAUUCCCUUCGAGUCAAACUGGAAGAAGUUGUUGGAGAAAACAGUCACGACACAGUCACCAAUGGUUUCAGCAGCCUGUCAAAAAAAGAAAGAAAGCGAAUCUGGCAGAAACUGGAAGUAAAGGAUUCUGAAAGUGAAGAUGAAGAGCCCAACAAAAGAAAGAAGGGUAAAUGGAACUUUGAGCACCAGGAGGAAAAAUCUGAAAAUAUUCAAGAUUCUGUGACACUGGGGAAAAAGAAAAAAAUGGCACCUGAAAGGACUCAUAUGAUGGACACUAAGAGUGAUGAUGAUACUUCUCAUUCCAAGAAGCUUAGGAAAAAAAUGGAGCAGGAGAAAGAGCAGGAUGCAAAGAAAAAGAAGAAAGCAGGUACAUUUUCAUCAAAGAGUACCCCCCAAAAGGCCAAGAAAAGUCUCAGCGAGAAAAGCACAAAGGGAAACAUAGCAGCACAACCCAACACAAAGAAAGGUGGUUUCUCCAGUGAAUCCUCUACAUCGUCAUCUAAUAGUGACCAUAGUACACCAGGCACAAAACAAAUCAGCACACUGGCAUCUAAAGGGGCAUCACAGCACAUAAAUAAACCACGGCUGGCUUCUUCUCUAAAAUCUGUUUCUGCUGGGAAACGUAAAGACAAAAUUUCUCUUAAAACAGGAGAAACUAAAAAGGCCCAGAAUCAGUCCUUCAGCUCAGAUUCAGAUUCUAGUUCGGAGGAAGAAGAGCAGCAGAGCAAUAACCUGAGAAAUAGGCUACCAUAUAAGAGCCAAGGAACGGAGACAGGCCACUCUUCAAAGACUGGACCUAAAAGCUCCUCAUCAGAAUCUGAUAGUUCUGAAUCGGAGACUUGUGCUUUAAAGAAACCGAAGGCGAGUGCCACAGCCAGUCCGUCUGUGGGAGGGAAUUGUGACAAGCAGCUGUCAGCUAUCUCUUGUGGACUGGCUGCAAGCUCGAGGGAAAACAGAAGGGGUCGUGGAAGAGGAGAAACUCCCUUUUGGAGAGGACCGAGAGUUCGUGGAUGCCGUGGGAUGCCCAGGGGUCGAGGAAGAGGAGAAAGCAUUCAUUUCUUCUAUAAUUACAGUGGUGAACACCAGAAACAGAAACAGUUAAAUGAAGCAGCUACAAAUAGCUCAGUGAUUACUCAGAAUCCUGUGGAAGUUCCAAAAAAGGACUAUAGCACGCUACCUCUCUUAGCUGCUCCUCCACAAGUAGGCGAAAAAAUUGCCUUCAAGCUUUUGGAAUUAACUGAAAAUUAUACACCUGAAGUAUCAGAUUACAAGGAAGGAAAAAUUGUCAGCUGGAAUCCUGCUAAUAAGCAGCUAGAACUUGAAAUCCUUUCUUUUUCAUCAGUAGUAAAAGAGCCAGGGAAAUUCGAUCUGGUUUAUCAGGCUGAAGAUGGAGCUGAGACAAUCGAAUAUGCAGUAUCUCAGGACAGAAAGAUAACUGAAAGUUGGGAUGCGCUAAUUGAGCCCAGACUAAUAAUUGACCCUCCCAAUAAUGAAUCUGGUGCUAAAAAGGGAAUCCCUUCAGAUGUGAAUUUGCCUGGCCCUCAGAUGUGAAUAUGACUGAGCAGUGUGUAAAUAUUUUUGAAGGAUUUUCCUUCAGUUUCUAAAGACAGUAUAUACAUAUCCUUUUUUAAAAUAAAAUAUUAUAAAAUGAAAAUGA